GGCUGCCUGCGCCCACUUCGCCCUGCUUCGGCGUGCCUCCUCUCGCCCCGUAAAGCCCAAUAAUUCUACACAGCCACCAACAGGUGCAACCCGAAGGUGCCAUGCGAUAAGGCUCCAAAGAGUACCUGCCAUAAUUGCCGUAUAGAUUACCUAGACUAUAUGAAGUCUCUAAUUCAGGGAACACACUAGGUAAUUUAGUGAAGUCCGUCCCUAAGCUCACGCCCGCAAAAUCUCUCACCAUCUGCCGUCACUGCAAUCUCCAAAACAUGGUCUCUCCACUGUCGUUGACCGUUGAUUUGAACGAGAUUGUCAAAAAGGUGCUCGACAAAGUCAAAGAUGCGCGGGAUUUUGAACGAGACAGCUCCAAUGUUGCAACCGAUUUCCUUCGCGAACUGUCUCGCACCGACAGCUACGAUAAACUCAUCAAGCACCAAUCUUUCAUCGAUGCAGCCAGCGACCUGCAGCGGGCGAUCCUGGCGGAUGCUGUCCAGGACGUCUACUGCGGCUGGCACGAGCUGUACACCUUCAUUGACCAGCCGCACAGUCUGGCCUCGGCAGCGACGUGGACCGUCACUCUUGGGAAUGGCGAGCCCAAGGGAGUCGGUUCUGCUCCGAGGCGUGAGGGGUCGUUUCGCGGCAUAUACUGGGCCUGGAAGGGCAAGUCCAGGACGAAGGGGCUCUUGGAUCGUGUCCGUCUAUCCAACGAGUACCUCCGGGUAUCCGUCAAUGAGGUGCUUCGGUACCGCGAGAUCAACCGUCUCGCCAUCCAGCACGGCACGACAUCUUCCAACAUGAACAUCCUGCGAGACUCGGCCUUUGUAGAAACGCAGCAAGAUGCCAUAUUCGGGCCAGCAUCGAGUCUUCGUCGGGCCCUUGCUUCAGGGAGCACGCCGGUGCUGGUCGAAUACCUCCCAUCCGAGGAUUUCUUUCCGCAGUCAGUUGACCGCGCUGUCCGGCUGGCAAUGCUGCUAAACCAACCCCCGGCCGAGGGUUUCGGUGUCUUGCCCUGCAUCGGUCUCUGCCAGAACAAGGAUGCGCGGCGGUUCGAGUUCAUGUUUGAUCUGGCAAGCCCGCUGGCGGAUAUGCAGCAACACGCCGUCACUGGAACUAAAGCCCUGGUCGACGCCUUUCUCGGCGGAUUCCACUCUCUGCGCUCGCAGCUGUCCAGGCUGGACAGAAACGCACAGCCAGGGAUCCUGAGGCACUACAAAUCCCACGAAGCGCGCUUCCACAAGCCCGUGUCCGUCGGCCAGCGUCUCGCACUGGCUGCAGGCCUCGCCAAGACCGUCCAGCACCUGCACCAGGCCGACUGGGUGCACGGGAACAUCAACAGCAGCAACAUCUACUUCUUCCACUCACUCCAGGAAAGCCAGCCAGGCAGCAGCAGCAGAGGGCUGCCGACAGUGCGGCCCAAAACCCCGUAUCUGUUCGGCUUCCAGUUCACCCGUCUGACGGACGAGUAUUCGGACCAAUGGAUGUGGAUGCAGCUCCCGUCCAUAGACAACUUGCACCGGCACCCCGACCGACAGAUUCUGCAAAACAACAACGGCAACAACAGCAGCAACGACAGAAACAGAAACAGCCACCCAAAGAAACCCCACGCUCCGCACCACGACAUCUACUCCCUCGGCGUCGUGCUGCUCGAGAUCGGGCUCGGCCGGCCCGCCGACGAGCUAGUCAAGCUCGCGCCGCACAUGGCCGGCGACGAUAUCCAGCGCGUGGCGAGCCAGAUGACGGACGAGCUGAGCGCGACCAAGAUGGCCAAACACGUGUUUACCGCACUGGCCGAGACCGCCCUUCCCGGCACCAUGGGCGACGCGUACGCCAAUAUCGCGCGCAUCUGUCUCGGCGGAGACGUCCAGAACCUCGAUACUGGUAGCAGCGGCGAUGGCGAUGCUGCUGCUGGACAGGAAGAUGUCAGCUUGGCGAACGCGUUCCGGUUGCGCGUCGUCGAGCCGCUGGAUAGGAUGCUCAGUGUAUUGAGUUGAACCACGUUUGGAAACCCGUGGCGGGCCCCUGAGUAAAACAAUAACUUCCAGCAUAGGAGAGCCAUACGUGCGUGCAAUUCUAGAUCCGAUGUAGUCGCAUGUAUUCAAGGAUCUAUCGCCGUCGGUGACCGAUAUUAUCUUGUUUUGACGGGAAACUGCGGCCCUGCACGUGUAGUUCCCUUUUUUUUUCUUUUCUUUUUUCUUUUUUUCUCCAUUUUUUUUUGGG